AUGCCGGCUGAGAGCAGCCAGAAGUCAACGGAAGACUCCGACGCCUGGUCCGACUGGAGCACCAGCGAAGACUCCGGCCACGACAGCCUGGACGAGGACGAAGAAGACCUGGAGGACGGCGAAGAAGAGGACGGCCGACCUCGCUCCCCCCUUGUCCAGCGUCUCCCCCUCCUGCUGGUGCUCCGGUCAUCGCUGCUCCCGCUGCUCCCCCAGAGGACCUUGCCGCCCACAUCAGAUCCCACAAAGAGGAUCCGGAGAGUGCGAUGUGGAGCCCAGGCAGACCUGGAGAUGGACCUCAGACUGAUGGACGUCGAGGGAUACGUGGGAGUUGCCGUGGAGGUGCACCGCGACGCUACUGGGUCUGUGGACUACGCCGUGGAGCAUCCCCCUGCCGUCGGAUUCCCGGAGACCAUCUGGAUCUUUGAUGACGACGAUGCUCCCAUCUUCUACGAUGUUCUGGCUCCAUACGAGGAAGAAGAAGACCCAGAGGGAGAAGACCGAGAGGAAGAAGACCCAGAGGAAGAAGACUCUGAAGAGGAAGACCCCGAGACGGAAGACUCCGACGCCUGGUCCGACUGGAGCACCAGCGAAGACUCCGGCUACGACAGCCUGGACGAGGACGAAGAAGACCUGGAGGACGGCGAAGAAGAGGACGGCCGACCCCGCUCCCCCCUUGUCCAGCGUCUCCCCCCUCCUGCUGGUGCUCCGGUCAUCGCUGCUCCCGCUGCUCCCCAGAGGACCUUGCCGUCCACAUCAGCUCCUUCCUCAAGAGGAUCCGGGAGGAACCCGACUCCGGUGCAGCUGCUCGUCCAGUUCCUGGAGCAGGCGUCCAAACCGUCGGUGAACGAGCAGAAUCAGGUUCAGCCUCCAGCAGACAACCGCAGGAACCGAACCCUGAAGCUGCUGGCGCUGAAGGUCGCCGCACACAUGAAGUGGGACCUGGAUUCACUGGAGAAAGGACUGACCAUCCCAGUGUUGAACAUGCUGCUGAAUGAGCUGCUGUGUGUCAGCAAAGUGCCUCCAGGUGUGAAACAUGUGGAUCUGGAUCUGUCCACUCUGCCUCCGACCACCGCCAUGGCAGUGAUCAUCUACAACCGCUGGGCCAUCAGAACCAUCGUGCUGAGCAGCUUUCCAGAGAAACAAACCAAACCAGGACCUCAUCAGAUAAACAUGUUAAAUAUCGUGCAGCAGGAGAAAGAAAUGACAGAAAACAUCCUGACUGUGCUGAAGGAGCAGGCGACCGACUCCAUCACCGUCCUGGAAGGAGCUCUGCAGCUGAAGAAGGACUUCUACGUCCACACUCUGAGGACUCUGGACCUGCUGGCCGCUGACGCUGCCGCUAACGGAGAAACCGAAUCCUCCACAGCCGGGCUUCGAAUCAGCGCCGAUGACCUGCGCUGUCAGGUGCAUUAUGAUCUGGGAGGUAUUUUCUUCCAACAAGGCUGCACCGACCAGCCAACCUAUGAGAAGGCCAGAGAUCACUUCAGACAGACCAAGGAGCUCUUGAAGAAGCUGGACUCGACCGUCCACGUCCACAUGGACGAGAAGCGUCUGGCCGGUUACUGGAACGCCUGCAGAGCUCUGACCGGAGACUGUGACCCCUGCGACCCCCAGACGACCCCCUACGACCAGAUCAACAGCCUGAUCCGAGCCCACAACCACCAGGCCGUCAUGGAAGCCUUCAUCAAAAGACAACAGCUUUAA